AGAUUCAUGACCAAUCGAUUUCCCUGUUUUAGCUUUAUUUUCUUUAUUGAAACUUCAGUCAGUGGCAUUCCAGAGAUAAUGUUGACCAGAAGUCUUCUCUAUCUGUCGAUUUUGGUUGUUGUCCGGGAUGGUGGCGCCCUGAAGCUGGAAGAGAGCGAAGUGGUGGAUCAAUUCUAUUCCACUUCAAUCGUUAGCAUGGAGGAUCUCCUGGAGUUCCAUGCGGAUUUGCUUUUCCAGCUGAACAGCUACAUUGACGUUCUGAGAGCUAGGAUGAAACUCAUACGAAGGAUAGCAGAUUACAUGAUGGAGCAUGAUCAUAUAGUCAACCUCGAGGACCAUUCCCUAAACUACUUUCAUCUCGUUCGGCACAUGCACAAGGAUUGGGCACACGUGCUGGAGUUGAUGGAGCAGCCCCUGGGUAAGAGUCAGCUGCUGUUUCUAAAGGAGUCGCGGCCCCACUAUCCCAGUGCCUGGGACUUGGAAGAAGGCUCCUUGGGUAUUCACAGGAUGCAGAAGACCUAUCAGCUGCAGCCCAAGGAUAUGGUCAGAGGCCUGCUCGAUGGCGUUCAUCAUGGGACACGCUUUUCAACCCUCGAGUGUUUCACCGUGGCUCGAGCAAUAUAUAAGAAGCACAGAUACCACGACGCGGUGACUUGGCUGGAAGAGACCCUUAGCCUAUACGAUCAGGCAUCAGAGCAGACAAAAGAGAACUACCAGAUCCUUGGAUUUGAUGUCUCCCAAGCGCACAAGCUGUACAUCAAAGGCCUCAUGCAUCUAAAUCGCUAUGAGGAUGCUUCGAAAGCCAUUGAUCGGGAUCCCAAACCCUACCUACGGCGACUUCGCGAUCGGGUACAGAUGCGGAUGAUGAGCACUAACGAUCUUCCGCUAGGGAAGCCCAAUCCUCCUCUGACUGGCUUACAGCUCUGCUGUCGUGGGGGCUGUCCUUAUCGGGACAUGCACCGCCUGACCUGCAGCUACAACACCACAGCCGCGCCCUUCCUCCGGCUGGCUCCCUUCAAGACGGAGCUUCUCUCACUCUCCCCCUACAUGGUGCUCUACCACGACGUCAUCACACCGCUGGAGUCGCUGACGCUGAAAAAUCUAUCCAAGCCCCACAUGAAACGUCGGGCCAUGACCUUCAACAAACAGAAGCUGAGGCCUUUUAUCGACUCGGGACGUACCUCGAACUCUGUGUGGCUCACGUCCCACGAAAAUGCGGUCAUGGAGCGGCUAGAACGAAGAGUCGGGGUCAUGACAAACUUCGAGAUGGAGAACUCGGAGGUAUACCAGCUGAUCAACUACGGGAUCGGAGGCCACUACAAACCCCACACCGACCACUUUGAGACCCCACAGGCUCUCGAGCAUCGCGGAGGAGGAGACCGAAUAGCCACCGUUCUUUUUUAUCUCAGUGAUGUUCCCCAAGGUGGUGCCACUCUCUUUCCACGUCUAAAUAUCUCCGUUCAACCACGACAAGGUGAUGCUCUUCUCUGGUACAACCUCAACGAUCGAGGACAGGGCGAAAUAGGCACUGUCCAUACUUCUUGUCCCAUAAUCAAGGGAUCUAAAUGGGCCCUGGUCAAAUGGAUAGACGAGCUGUCGCAGCCGUUCCGCAGACCGUGUAAUCGAUAGUACUUCCUUUUAUACCCAUAUCUAAUACAGAAUUCUGUUAGCCACGCUUCGCUUUGACACUAUUCAUCGCUGAAUCGCACAUCAAUCAUGUGGUUUUCGCUGCAAGUAAGCCUCGUUCUGACGGCUCUUUCCUACUCUUUUUGGGUGGAGGCAAACGAUGGGAAGGGUUCUUAUUCCAAUUUGGGCAUUAAAGGACUGAUAGCUGUGGAGGAGAAGCUACUAACUCAAAUGGUGGACUAUAGCAGUGUGCUCCAGAAAAAGAUCAGCUUGAUGCGUCGUUACAUUGCUUUGAUGAGAGUGAAGCAAACGCAUGCGGAACCCGAUAGGGAACAGUAUAUGGCCAAUCCCCUCCAAAGCUAUUCUCUGAUCCACCACAUGAACUUCGACUGGACGACUUGGCGUAGGCUCAUGGAGCAGUCACUAGGCAGAGAGCAAAUCUCUGAAAUUCGUGCACUAAUGCCCCAAAUUUCAAGAAUUGAAUAUGGUACCGCCAUGCAAGAUCUCAUCCACGAACCCAUGGCAGCAGUUCAGUUCGACCCGUUGGAGGCCUUGGAGCUUGCUACCUUCGCAUACGACAAGGAGCGCCCCGAUCUCGCCGAGAAGUGGCUGAAUGUGACACUAGCCGGCUACGAGAAACUCAGUCCCAGCAAAAAGAAACUCUACAAAGUGCUGAGCGUGGUCAAAGAGAGUGAAGUGCAAAAGCUCUAUAAAAAGGUAAAAAAAAUUAACAAAUUGUUUUGGAUUUUUGAAUUGUUAAAAAAGAUGUUGUGGCUAUAUUACAAACUCUAAGUAAUACAUAUGAUGCUGUACUCCGCAAUCAGCUCUGUAAUAACGUUGACGUUAGAUAAAUGCAUGUCGCAUACAAAUACAAAAUACAACAUUUCAAUGUAAAUAAAUAUUGUAUCAUACCAUUUCGAA